AUGGCCAUGUCUUCACAACAUCGAGAGAAGGAGCACAGAUCUGAAAAGAACAAAGAGAAGAAGAGAUCAAAGAAUCUCUCUCCCCCUCCAGCGCUGUCAAAAGCUAUCAUCGAAACUUCCGAUGAAGAUGUGGACGACGACGUUGAUGGGAAGGACGGGAGAAGUGAAGAGGAUUCAGAUGUGGAGAGUGAUGAUCUGGAAGGUAUCCAGCCUAGGAGAAAAGCAAACACAAAUGGACUGGAGGCUCCUUCCCGCCCCACUGCUCCAUCAGGGAAAAGAUCUCAACCAUACUCUCCUCCAUCAGGAAUGAUCCCAUUGAACAAGACGACAGAAGUCUCCUCUUCUAUAUUCGAAUGGGACAGACUUUCAAAGAUGCCCGGAGUGGAAUUAUGGGCCAUCAGAGUGCCUUUAGACUUCAAAACAUCUCGUCUUUCUUCCCUUUCUCUCUCUUCCCCCACUUCUACCAGACCUCCAUCCGGUACUCUGAAGACCAAACACACAACAUACAGUUUAGUCACCGCUGGCGACAUUAGACCUUCUUCAACGGCCGUUAAUGCUCAAGGUCGGAAUCCCACUGCCGGACCAGGUUUGGCGGAAGCCAUGUCGAUGGACGUUGAUGGAGAUCUGGAAAAGGACAUGAGGGGAGAAGGAGGGGAAGAAAUGAGUGGUGGAAUGAGAUUAUUGGUACCUCGGGCGAGUGAUGGGAAACUGUUUAUCUCUCCGAUACCUAUAACCCGUCAUCUACUUCUCACUCCUGAUCCUCUCCCACCACCUACUACAGACCCCGCGGUCCCACUCCCUUCUUACCUCUCUACACCCAAUCCCUCUCAACCUCUACAACCGUCUUCCAUCUCAUCGACCCCACUCAACGCCAUCAACGGAGACAAGGAGAUCAAACGAGUCCAACCUCUCCAUCUGUUGAAAUUCCGGAAUCAAGCAUACGGUUUUGAUACACCCGGUCCUAUCUCCUUCACUCCUCCCGAACCCUCACUCGACCCUGAGGAAACCAAGAGCACGCCUAAAAAGGAAAAGGUCAAGAAAAGGAAAAGUGAGAUGACGGACUUGACUACCAAAAAGAAGAUCAAAGUUUGA